UGAAGAACCCGCUAGGGCAGAGGAAGCUGCGGAGGAGUCAGCUGCGGCGGAAGAGCCUACUCCGAUCGACGACCCAGCUCCCGUGGAAGAACCCGCAGAACCUAAAGAGGCCCCGGCUUUGGCAGAAGAAUCCACGCCGGCGGAUGAGCCCGCCCCGGCAGAUGCCUCAGCAGACACACCCCAAGACGAUGUGCCUGAUGAUUCUGCCGCCGACGCAAAUCUAGAAACCGCGGGCGAAAGUAUGGAUGGGCCCAGUAAUGGUACGCCUAUACAUUUAAUCCGCUUACAAAUUCAACUGACCUUACACUCAGACGAUGAAUUUCCAGAAUGUGAUCCUUCCGCAGAAUCCGAUAAAGUCGAAGCCGAAAAGGCAGAAGCCGAGAGACAAGCUGCCGAGGACGCUGAGGCGGAGGAGGAAGCAUUAGCAAGGGCGCAAGAUGUAGUUGACCUUGAAAUAGAAACCGAUAUAGAGCCGGCCGAUGCUGCACCUGCACCCGAAACUAAUGCUAUGGACGAUGCGCCACAUGACGAGCCGGCCCUCGAAGCGGUAGAUGAAACCGUACCUGAGGCAGCUACCGAGGAGUCUCCUGUGGAGGAAGAAUCGCCUAAGGAGGAGCUAGUCGAAGAGCCAGCGCCAGCUGAAGCACCAAACGACGCUCCUCCGGCAGAAGAAACUCCACGGGACGGGGUUGAUGAGGCGAAAUCCGAGGUGGAGCCGGCUGCAGAGCCUGAAAUUAUCGAACCACCGGCCGAGGAAGCUGCUCCUGAAGAGCCUGUUGAUCCUACGGAGUCUGUGGCCGAGGAACCUACAGCUAUCGAAGAACCUGCACCUGCCGAAGAACCUGCACCCGCCGAAGAACCUGCACCCGCAGAAGAGCCUGCACCCGCCGAAGAACCUGCACCUGCCGAAGAACCUGCACCCCCCGAAGAGCCUGCACCCGCAGAAGAGCCUGCACCCGCCGAAGAACCUGCACCCGCCGAAGAACCUGCACCCGCGGACGAGACACCUGCCGUAGAGGCUGUCAGUCCAGAACCCGACGAGGAGUCAGCCCCUCGUGAGGAGGCUCUUCCUGUCGAAGAUCCCGAUAUGGCCGAAGAAGUCUCACUCGAAGAACCCUCCGCGGCAAGGGAAGUUUCAGAAGAUCUGUCUGAAGAUCCACUGGAAGAUCCUGAGCCUACCGUCUCAUCCGGAGAUGGCAUUUCGUUCGAAAAUACAGCAGCCUUGGGUUUAGCAGGCGCAGCGGUGGCAGCAGCGGCAGGCCCCGAACUGGCAAAAUCAAGCAGAAAGAAGAAGAGACGCUCUCCUGAAUCGGGUCGCGAGCAUGAACGUGAACGUCACGGAUAUGAGCGCGGGUUUGAACUUGGAUUUGAGCGCGGUCUCGAGCAACUGCGUGAACGUGAACGCGAACGCGGCCAGGGCGGACAUGAACGCAGCCAUGAGCGUGAACGCGAACGCGGUCAUAGCAGAAAUGAACGUGGACAUGAACGUGGACACGACCGCGAGCGUGAUCGCGAGCGUGGACGUGGGCGCGAGGAGCAGCAAGUUCAAGUUCAACGCCAAAAGAGCGAACGCGGUAACAUCCUAAAGAACCGCUGGACGACAGCACUCGAAGAAGCGAAGCGGCAACACGACCUCAAGCUCCGCCAAGAAGAGAAGAUGGUUCGCCGCGAAUCCCGAACCGGCGAACAUGACAAGCGCGACCGUGUGAAACGCUCGGACGGCUCCUCUCGAGACAAUGAAAAUAAGUCACGCCACCAUACCUCGGAAAAGUCGGACAGCCGCGAGCGCGAGCGUGAGCACGCAGGUCCCAAGCCAAAAGCUUUCCUCAAAUACAUGACAGCUGGCAAAUCAGACACCAACGGCCCCCUUCUCAUGGUCAAUGGCACUAGGGCCGCCGAAUAUGUUUCGGAAAAGUACAGGCGCUCUUCCACGAGCCCCCGUCACUCUAACGGAGACCGAACGCCCAGCGAACGUUCCGGUGGAUCUUACCACUAUGACGAGGACCGGCAGGCCCGCCGCGAAUACCGAGCCCGCAAGAAGGCCGAAGCCGAAGAGAAAGAGCGACAGCAGGUGGAGCAGGAACGGCAGCGUCAAGAGGCGGAGGCCGAGGCGGCGGAGGCGGCGGAGCAAGCGAAAAUCCGCGCAUCCAAGGAGGAAGCAGGCCAUCGGCGUCAUCGCCACAGCAGCGAGCGACACAACGGCGAGCGCCCGAGUGGUGAGGCUCGUCGGCGUCACCAUAAACGACGGGAGCCGUCACCUCCGGCGCGGAAACCGUCGAAGCUCAAGUCGCUUAUCAAAUCUGCGAUUCCUGCUUAUUAGUGAUGAGUAUACGAUAUUGUUUGGUAUCUGUUUUCUUUGCCCGCUUUUUUUAUUUCUUCUUUUCUUUUUCUUCAAUCUCCCUUUUUUUUUUUCGGGGUACUUACAACCAUUCUCCGGUGUGGCUUUAUCAACGUUUGAGCGCCGAAAGAAAAACUGGGUGGAUUGAUCAGCAUUUUGUGAGAAGCGAUUGCGGCAUUGAUGGUGUUUUAUUUAGUUUUGUUUACAUGUUCAUGUUGGUAUAUAUCUGAUUUUUGUCUAUAUGUUUAUAUACGCUGUCGCUUGUGAAUGAUGACUCCUAGCCAUUUAUUCUUUGGUCCCUGUCCAUUACGACUUCAAUCGUUUCUGUAUCAACAUACCUCACACCAUUAUACACUACUCUAUGAGAGGAUACAUGACUC